AUGGAUUUCGGGUCCUUGGAGACCGUGGUGGCCAACUCUGCCUUCAUUGCCGCCCGGGGCAGUUUUGACGGGAGCAGCGCCCCAUCCUCCCGGGACAAGAAGUACCUGGCCAAGCUCCGGCUGCCCCCGCUGUCCAAGUGUGAGGGGCUUCGCGAGAGCCUCAGCCUGGAGUUCGACAGCCUGUGCUCAGAGCAGCCCAUCGGCAAGCGGCUCUUCCAGCAGUUCCUGAAGACCGACGAGAGGCACGUGCCGGCCCUGGAGCUCUGGAAGGACGUCGAGGACUACGACACGGCCGACGACGACCUGCGGCCACAGAAAGCGCAGGCCAUCUUGGCCGAGUACCUGGACCCCCAAGCCGCGCUCUUCUGCGGCUUCCUGGACGCGAGCACCGUGGCGCAGGCCAAGGAGGCCCCGGCCGGGAGCCAGGACGGGCGUUUCCAGCCCCUGCUGCGGGCCACGCUGGCGCACCUGAGCCAGGCCCCCUUCCAGGAGUACCUGGACAGCCUCUACUUCCUGAGGUUCCUGCAGUGGAAGUGGCUGGAGGCCCAGCCCGUAGGCGAGGACUGGUUCUUGGACUUCAGGGUCCUGGGGAAAGGGGGGUUUGGGGAGGUGUCAGCCUGUCAGAUGAAGGCGACCGGCAAGAUGUACGCCUGCAAGAAGCUGAACAAGAAGCGGCUGAAGAAGAGGAAAGGCUACCAGGGCGCCAUGGUGGAGAAGAGGAUCCUGGCCAAGGUGCACAGCAGGUUCAUUGUCUCUCUGGCCUACGCAUUUGAGACCAAGAUGGACCUCUGCUUGGUGAUGACCAUCAUGAAUGGAGGCGAUAUAAGGUACCACAUCUACAACGUGGACGAGGAGAACCCCGGCUUCUUGGAGCCGCGCGCCGUCUUCUACACGGCCCAGAUCAUCAGCGGCCUGGAGCACCUGCACCAGCGGCGCAUCGUCUACCGGGACCUCAAGCCCGAGAACGUGCUGCUGGACAACGACGGAAAUGUUCGCAUUUCUGACCUGGGGCUGGCGGUGGAGCUGCAGGAUGGGCAGAACAAGACCAAAGGCUACGCAGGGACCCCAGGCUUCAUGGCGCCCGAGCUCUUGCGCAGUGAGGAGUACGACUUCUCCGUGGAUUACUUUGCCUUGGGGGUCACGCUGUACGAGAUGAUGGCAGCCAGGGGGCCUUUCCGGGCCCGAGGGGAGAAGGUAGAGAACAAGGAGCUGAAGCAGAGGAUCCUGUCCGAGCCCGUCAAGUACCCCGACACGUUCAGCGCGGCCAGCAAGGACUUCUGUGGGGCGCUGCUGGAGAAGGACCCCGAGAAGCGCCUGGGCUUCCGCGACGGGUCGUGCGACGGGCUCCGGGCCCACGCCCUGUUCAAGGACAUCAGCUGGCGGCAGCUGGAGGCCGGGAUGCUGAUCCCACCGUUCAUCCCAGACUCCAGGACUGUCUAUGCCAAGAACAUCCAGGAUGUGGGUGCCUUUUCCACAGUCAAAGGUGUGGUCUUUGACAAAACAGACACAGAAUUCUUCCAAGAAUUUGCCUCUGGCAACUGUCCCAUUCCCUGGCAGGAGGAGAUGAUCGAGACAGGGAUCUUUGGGGAACUGAACGUGUGGCGAGCUGAUGGGCAGAUGCCGGAUGACAUGAAGGGGGUCACUGCGGACGCCACGGCCCCCGCCUCCAAGUCAGGGAUGUGCCAGCUCUGCUAG